UGCGGUCAGCUGGUGCACAUCACAUGACCGUCAUAAGGUUUUUUUCUCACUGGAAUAGGCGACGUCGUGCAAGGCAAAGCGAAAAUUUUCACCACCAUUUUUCGUUUGUAGUUUCAGUUCACUUUUCGUAAGCGAAUCCAGCGAGAUGUUGUGGAAAUCGCUGAUUGCGUUGUGCGUCAUUGGGGCCGCCUUGGCGGAGCAAACGCCCGUCUUUCUGUGGGGAGCCAACAGUGUGGCGAAGCCCUCCCUGAAGACGGUGCCCCAGGCGGAGUUCGCGGAGCAGUUGGCAACGUUGCUGGAAGAUCACAUGGUCGUGGCCUUCGAGGAAAAUGGCCUGAGCAGCAAGGACUUCCUGUGCUCCAACUCCCAGUCGCAGUCCUGCUACGCCCAGCUGCAGGGUGUGAGUCCCAAGACCUACUACACCAGCGUGGAGAACCCCUCGGAGGCCCUGCGUUCCGUGGCCGCCAAGCGGGAGCACAACACCAUCGAUGCCAGCGGCAAGCUGACCACCCCGGCCAAGUGCUCCGUGGGCACGGCCCUCUUUGUGAGCUUCGAGGAUGACGCCGAGAGCAGGGAGUCCAGCCUGGAGUCACAUGACGCCGCCAUCGCCGCUAUCAGCAAGCAGUUCGAGUGCAAGGUGGCUUAUCUCUACCUGGCCGCCCCCUCCACCGCUCCCGUGGUGCAGCGUCGCAUCCGCCGUGACACGGCCGCCACCACCGGUGGAAGCAUGUGGUACGUCGGCAACCAGUUUCAGAUCUUCUACACCGCCCUGCUCUACAACGGCAACCCUGUUACCGUCAACGGAAUUAAGGUCACCAACUCCUCCACUCCCUCUACCAAGUUCUCCGUUGAGCUGGCCACAACCGAUGCCGCCAAGCCAAUCACCUUUGACAUUCUUUAUGAUGGCGGCUACUUUAGCCUGAGCAACCUGGCCUACGAUGGCAGCAACUUCCGCUCCACCGGCGUGAAUGCCCCCACCACGUUCUCCUUCUCGUGCGGCAACCUCACCCUCGACUCGACGGCCGUCAACAACAUGUACAACACCCUGAGCUUCAAGUCCCUGCAGCUGCAGGCUCCCUUCGAUGGCACCUACAAGGAUAACUUCGUGUUCGGCGAUUCCUGGGACUGCGUGGGUUUCGUGACGCCCGGCAUACUGAUGGGUCUGUUCGUGGUCGCCCUGCUGCUGGUCAUCAUGUUCGUCGGCGUCUGCUGGAUGAUGGACAUCAACACAAUGGACCGCUUCGACGAUCCCAAGGGCAAGACCAUCACCAUCAACGCCGCCGCCGAUUAAACCGCGGCCGGCUUCAUUAGUUCACACCUUAUUUGAUUGUUCAAUGCGCACUCAAUAUUCAUUCCUUUAUUCCUUCAGUCUAUCCACAUGUAUUUGUAAACGAAUCAAUACUUAAUACCGUAAUCACAUAACACAUAACAUAUAACCGGGAAAUUAGUCCUCACAAUUUGUAUCGUA